AAGGCUGCAGCACAUGCCAUAGUUCAUAAAAAAACAGUUACAAAGCAAACACUGAAAUAUAAAAGUGCAAGUAAAUAGACAAAUAAAGUGCAUGAGUUAUGGUUGCAGUAACACUUUAAGAACACUGCACUGUUCAAUGGAUUCCCGGUCUUUUAAGAUAGAGGGGAUUCUGCAGCAGCACAUUAUUGACCCAGUUCCUCACUCCCCUAUCCCGACACUUGCUCCAUGAUCCCUCCCCUCUCAUCAGACAUCAUCAAGGUGUCAUCAGGAGAUCAAAGUAAGAUCAUCAAAUAUCCCUGAGCAGAUAGAAGGUGGAGGGGAGAAGAAUCUCAGUGUACAGCCUGGGCCUGGCAGACAUUAUUAUUAAAACAGGAGAUUACUACUGUGCCAAACUGUGUCAAAGAACUUUGAACUGCAGACAGAAACAUCUUUUCCUGUAGAAGGCAGCAUUGCACCUCUCACCUUAUCAGAAAUAAUUAGAAAAGCUGCGUCAUAGAGAAGCUUCUUAGAUAGAAGAACGAAGCAGAGAUAGUGAACAACCAUGGAUGGCGGCGUCACAGAUACAGCAUGUGGCAUUGAAACCAAAAUAAGGCUGAACCAUUUGUAUCAGUUGGUGGACAACAUGGAUGAUGAUGUUGACCACACAGAGAUGGAGCUCCAGGUACUAAAAGAUGGUCCUCAGCUGCAGUUUGCCGGUCUAUGGGAUGAGCUGGAACUCUCCAACCAACUCACAAGGCAGCCUGUCAGUGACCUGAGACCCAAGACUGACAAAGUCUCUGACAAACUGAAGGUUCAGAUGAAGAAAAACAAGCAUCUGAAAGCCAAGCUGGACGAGGAGCAGAUGUGGAAACUGCAGCUGCAGACUGAGAUGAAGAAUACUGAGAUUCUAGCCAAAGAGAGUCAGUCUCUGGCCAAGAAGAUUGAGUCUUUGACAACAGAGAACAAGUCUCUGAGUGAAGAGAAUGAGUCUCUGAGGAAAGAGAAUGAGUCUCUAGACACUGAGAAUGAGUCUUUGACAAAAAAAAACAAGUCUCUGACUGAAGAGAAAGAAUCUCUGACCAUAGAGAAAGAGUUGCUCACCAAAGAGAAAGACUCGCUGAAAAAAGAGAAAGAGUUUUUUAACACAAAGAAUGAGUCACUGACCAAAGAGAAAGCAUCUCUGAGCGCAGAGAAUGAGUCUCUGACCAAUGUGAAUGAGUUUCUGACCAAUGAGUACGAGUCUCUGAACAAUGAGAACAACUGUCUGACCAAGAUGAACCAGUCCCUGACGCAAGACAAAGAGCUGCUGACCAAAGAGAGGGAGUCUCUGACAAAAGAUCGAGACUGUCUCGCUGCUGCACUGAAAGAGGGGCAGGCCUGGAGACGAGAGUUUAGUCAGGAGAUGAAGAGAGUCAGAGCAGACAACUUGAAGCUCCAAUCUCAGAACAGUGUCUACACACAGUUCCUGGGAGGAAAGAAGUGUUCGUGUUCAAAACGGAUGCUUCACUUCUUUGGUUUCCACAGAAAGUGAGACUCCUAAUGUCUCCCACCACAUGAACCCAGGAACAGCUGUAUGCAUGCUCACCUUUUAAGUAACAAUUAUUAUUUUAAUUGGAAACACAAAUGUGUGA